AUGACCUCAUUCUGCCUCUGUGCUGCUGAUUGCAUGGGCUGGUUUCAAAAGGAAACAGGGGACUUCAUAGACCUGCCUUUCCGAGGACCCAGGGCUGAUCUCUUCCAGGAGGCUGCAGAAGGAGCACCUUCCACUUCACGUCCCAGAGACUCUCGUGUUGAUGAUGAGAAACUUGUUUGCAUACAUGUGUUAAUAGUGAAAUGGACUUUCCAGUGGUUGCUACUUUUUAUUAUCAUAACUGAGAAAAUCACCUGCAAUACGACUGUUAUGGUUUUCAGUUCCUUGUAUGAAAGGAUCCUUUCCAAGAUGUAUGGAAUAUCACAUGUUGCAUCAACAGCAGGAACAAGUUCAACAGCAUUUAAUGGAGAAGACAGACGCAGCUUCUCACAUCUUUUUCCAAGUUAUGCUUGUCCCUUUUUGGAUGAUGACCCUGUCUAUGAGUGUCAUUCCGCAAAUCCUCUGACAGGCUCCCUUCCCACGUGUCGCCGCAGCCCUCGGCUGCUUUCCAAUGGUUAUUACAUUUUGACUGAAGACAGUUUUCUGUCUGAUGAAGAAGGCAACAUAACAAUGACACCAUCCCAGACAAGUAUUACAUAUAAAGAGAAUUUGGUUCGCAUAUUCAAGCGAAGGAAGAAAAUCCAUCACUCUCUUGCCAGCUUGUUCAGUCUUGAUGCCUCCAGUCCAUGGCUCAGCAGCACUGUCCUCGGUGAUACAGAUUCCUCCCAUGUAGAUGAUCCUUGGCCCGAUGGAUGCAGCAAACCAGGAGCCAGUGAGAGUGAUAUUGGCAAUUCAGACUUUUCUUCUGAAUAUAAUAGCCAUGUGCCACAAAGGCAGACUUCAGCAUCUCAUGGAGUCUCUCUCCUCAAAGAUGAGGAGCUUCUUCAGCCUGGGAAACCAUUUUGUUCUCCAAUAAAUGCAAAUGAAGAGACUUUGAACAAUGCAGAAUCCAGCACAGUGAAAAAUGUCCUUUCUCAGAUGGUUGGACUAAUCAUGUGUUUAAUAAUUUCAAUAUGUACAAGAUAUUUUCUGGGAGGAUUGUCUGCCACUUUGUUGCUGAUAAUUUUAGUUUUCCUUUUGUCCCAAGAUGCUGCUGUGUUGUCUUUCUUCAGUCUUGAAACAUCUUUCAAAACAACUAAGUUUGGGUAA